AAGAAAUUUUAAUGGCUUCUCAGCCGGGAGCGACGAUUCCAGCGCCAGCGCCUGGAGCAGGGGCCGCGGCUCCAGCGCCGGCUCCUCCUCCAAAAUCAGAGAUCCUACAGCAGUGCAAUCUCCCGGCGCUGAGGACGCGCAUGCACGAUUUGCAGGCCAUUCUCACCCGGAUCACGCAUUCGAUCCACACGAAUCCAUCCUCGAAGUGGGGAGACGUGCUGGGCCAGUUCUCGGUCGUGAACUUGGAGCUCAUUAGCUUGGUGGAGGAGAUCAAGCCGAUACUGAGGGCCUUUGUGGUCUAUCCCAAGAAUGUGAGCGCUGGAAUGGCACCAAUUCUACCGAUAAUGCUCUCGUCCAAGCUUUUGCCCGAGCUGGAAGCUGAGGAGAUGGCCUUGAAAGAGCAAGUUUUGCAACCAAUGUCGAAUCUCCCGCUCCACGUCCAAACGGAGAAACUCCAGAAGCAAAUAGAGCUGGUCCGAUCUGUCUGUGAUGCGGCAGAGAAGGUUAUAUCCGACUCGAGAAAAGCACUCGGGCUUGGAGCACGUCAAGGCUUGCCUCCACUCCCAACGAUUGACAAGGCUGUUGCGGCCAAAAUCCUGGAACAGGAGAAGCUGCUUCAUGCUGCCGCAAACUUUGGCGAAGGUCUCAGAAUUUUACCGGAACAACGAAACGCUCCCGUCGUCCUACCACCUCAUAUUGCUUCGGCAUUGGCAUCCGCCGACGAUGGAAAAGGAGCUCCGAUUAUCGGUGGAAUGCGACCGACGACUCCACAACAGAUCAUCGCAAACGCGACGAUGAAUGGAGCUCCAGCAGCAGCUGCCGCUCUGGCGGGAUUUGUGAACUCUCCAAGGCCCGGGGAUCUGCAAGCUCAGCAACAGCAGCAGCAGCAGCAGCAACAACAACAGCAACAGCAGCUACUUAUGCAACAGCGAAAUACUAAAGUCCAGCAGCUGCAAAAGCAUUUCCACCAAUUACGCCAGCCCGCACCAGCUCUACAACAGAUGCAAGUGGCGAACCAGGCACAAUCCGCGAAAAUGCAGCAAUUCUCACAGAGCCACCUUCAAAUGAAUCAACAACAGCAGCACGCUGCUCAACUUCAUCAACACAUGCACCUACAGCAAAUGCAUAUACAACAGCACAACGCACAAAUGCAGGGCCAGCCGCAACUGGCACAAGCAAAUCAAAUGCGUCCUCACUUGGCGAACUAUGGAAACGCCCAAACUUCACUUCUUUCUUCCAAUAUGCAAGGACUCUCGCAACCGGGUUUGCAAAGGCUACAGUUCGGAGGAGGAUUGGGAGGCGGCCAUUCUCAGCGACAGAUUCUUCAGGACUCUCUGUACAUGAGUGGAAAUCAGUCAGCUGCGCCGCUUGGCUUGCCUCUACAGCAGCAAAUGCCCGGACAGACAAACUACACCCUCAUGAACCCCAACCAAAAUCCACUUCUCAGCCCAUCGCCCAACACAAUCCACAACAGCCUGCUCAACCAAGGACUUAUGAAUCCAAACGCUUUGGCUUUCAGGCAGCAGCAGCAGCAGCAACAGCAGCAACAACAGCAACAACAGCAGCAACAGCACCAACACCAACAGCAGCAACAGCACCCUCCUCCAAAUCAGUAAAGCACGAAAUGGAAAAGAAAAGCUACCAACAAUGCAACGAGAGGAUUGUCCAAAAUGCGAGCUUACUUCUAGUCGAA